GGUCACCUAACCAUUCUGGUGAAAAUGCUAAGCCAAGCUGGGACAGGUUACUCCUUCAACACUAAGAGAAGCCGACUACGGGAGAAACUGACUCUCUUACAUUAUGAUCCAAUUGUGAAAACAAAAGUCCUCUUUGUGGAACAGAAAAAAAUACGCUCCCUCUAAACAAUGGAUUGAAAAUGAAUUUGAUUUAUAAAUGAGAAGACUGAGGGCGGGAUACUGAUUCAGAAAUUCUGCAGCGUGUAAUAAAAGAAGAGGAAAUGGCACGGAAUCACUGCCUCCUGUGAUUUGAAGGCCAUUGUGAAGGAAAACAAUGGACUGAAAGAAAGUUCUUCAUAUUAGGACAUAUAUCAUUGCAUCACAUUUAUUUAUCUUUCUGGAUAUUUUUAUAGCCCUUAAUAAAAAAUAUUAAAAUAGCGUGUA